GGGGAGAGGGGGAAUGGAGAGUACAUAAGUGUAAUUAAAACUUACACUAGUAUUAUUAUCAAUAAUCAUGGGCGGUUCUAAUAUUUACAGGAUACCAUAAUGGUAGGUAUUGAUAGAAUUUCAUAGAUUUUUACCUAAGAUUUGUUUAGCUCGAGCGAAUUUUCCUCUUUUGUAGGGACUGGGGAAAAAAGGUCAGGAAAAGUUUUUAGAAACUUCUUCCCAAAAUGUCAAAACAUAAAGCUGUAUACAUUAAUGUAAUGCCGUUAACGUUAGCUAUCUGACCAGGAAGUACUUUCUUUAAGCCUCAUGUAUAAAACUGUGCCUAUAAUAACUUCCUUUCUCGGAAUGAAGGUGCUGAUAGCGUGGUGGUGUUCUUACAACUUAAGCUGAGCUCAGUUUUAUUUUUCCUAAUGAAAAAGUGGCAGCUUUUUAAAGAGAGCCAUCUCUGGGGCAAUCUUAACUUACUGUUGGAGCUAAAUAAAGAAUUUUUAAAGUAUUUAAUAUGUCGGAUUGGAGAUGCAGGACGUGCAUUUGAGAAGAUCUACUGUGCAUCAUAAAUGCAAAAGACUGAAGUUUUAAAAGAGGACAAAGGGUUUGCUGCUAAGAUGAAUCUGAGCAAUACGGUAUAUUUUGUGCCAUUCACAAAAAGGUACUAAAAACUUACCACCCAAAAAUUUUAUAAAUGAGAGAUAAGGCUGAGUGGGAUAUCAAAAGCAAAACGUUUGCAAGUACUGGUCACCAUGCCUAAAGGGGUGCCAAAGCACCCAGAGAUUGCUGAUCUCUUCUACAAAGAUGAUCCUGAAGAACUUUUUAUUGAUUUGCAUGAAAUUGGACAUGGAAGUUUUGGAGCAGUUUAUUUUGCCACAAAUGCUCACACCAAUGAGGUGGUGGCAGUUAAGAAAAUGUCCUAUAGUGGGAAGCAGGCAAAUGAGAAAUGGCAAGAUAUUCUUAAGGAAGUCAAAUUUUUACAACAAUUAAAGCAUCCUAAUACCAUUGAGUAUAAAGGUUGUUACUUGAAAGAACACACUGCUUGGUUGGUGAUGGAAUAUUGCUUAGGCUCAGCCUCUGAUUUGUUAGAAGUUCAUAAGAAACCACUUCAGGAAGUGGAAAUCGCUGCCAUUACUCAUGGUGCCUUGCAGGGGCUGGCCUACCUGCAUUCUCAUGCACUGAUUCAUAGGGAUAUUAAAGCUGGAAAUAUUCUUCUAACAGAGCCAGGUCAGGUGAAACUAGCUGAUUUUGGAUCUGCCUCAAUGGCCUCUCCUGCCAACUCCUUUGUGGGCACACCUUACUGGAUGGCUCCAGAGGUGAUCUUAGCUAUGGACGAAGGACAGUAUGAUGGGAAAGUUGAUAUUUGGUCACUUGGAAUCACCUGUAUUGAAUUGGCGGAACGGAAGCCCCCCCUUUUCAACAUGAAUGCCAUGAGUGCCUUAUACCACAUUGCCCAGAAUGACUCCCCAACGCUACAGUCUAAUGAAUGGACAGAUUCCUUUAGGAGAUUUGUUGAUUACUGCUUGCAGAAAAUACCUCAGGAAAGGCCAACGUCAGCGGAACUAUUACGGCAUGAUUUUGUUCGACGAGACCGGCCACUACGUGUCCUGAUUGACCUCAUACAGAGGACAAAAGAUGCUGUUCGUGAAUUAGAUAACCUACAGUACCGAAAAAUGAAAAAAAUCCUUUUCCAAGAGACACGAAAUGGACCCUUGAAUGAGUCACAGGAGGAUGAAGAAGACAGCGAGCAUGGAACCAGCCUGAUCAGGGAAAUGGACAGCCUGGGCAGCAAUCAUUCCAUCCCAAGUGUGUCUGUGAGUACAGGCAGCCAGAGCAGCAGUGUGAACAGCAUGCAGGAGGUCAUGGAGGAGAACAGCUCUGAGCCUGUCUUGAUGCACGAUGAUGAAAGCCCAGUCAAUUCCAGUUCCUCUGUUGUGCCCAAGAAGGAUCAUGUAUUCAUAAGGGAUGAGGCGGGCCACGGCGAUCCCAGGCCUGAGCCGCGGCCUACCCAGUCAGUUCAGAGCCAGGCCCUCCACUACCGGAACAGAGAGCGCUUUGCCACGAUCAAAUCAGCAUCUUUGGUUACACGACAGAUCCAUGAGCAUGAGCAGGAGAACGAGUUGCGGGAACAGAUGUCAGGUUAUAAGCGGAUGCGGCGCCAGCACCAGAAGCAGCUGAUCGCCCUGGAGAACAAGCUGAAGGCUGAGAUGGACGAGCACCGCCUCAAGCUACAGAAGGAGGUGGAGACGCAUGCCAACAACUCGUCCAUCGAGCUGGAGAAGCUGGCCAAGAAGCAAGUGGCUAUCAUAGAGAAGGAGGCAAAGGUAGCUGCAGCAGAUGAAAAGAAGUUCCAGCAACAGAUCUUGGCCCAGCAGAAGAAAGAUUUGACAACUUUCUUGGAAAGUCAGAAGAAGCAGUAUAAGAUUUGUAAGGAAAAAAUAAAAGAGGAGAUGAAUGAGGACCAUAGCACGCCCAAGAAAGAAAAGCAAGAGCGGAUAUCCAAGCAUAAAGAGAACUUGCAGCACACGCAGGCUGAAGAGGAAGCCCACCUUCUCACCCAGCAGAGACUGUACUACGACAAAAACUGUCGUUUCUUCAAGCGGAAAAUAAUGAUCAAGCGGCACGAGGUGGAGCAGCAGAACAUUCGGGAGGAACUAAAUAAAAAGAGGACCCAGAAGGAGAUGGAACAUGCCAUGCUAAUCCGACAUGAUGAGUCUACGCGAGAGCUGGAGUACAGGCAGCUGCACACGUUACAGAAGCUACGCAUGGACCUGAUCCGUCUACAGCACCAGACUGAACUGGAAAACCAGCUGGAGUACAAUAAGAGGCGAGAAAGGGAACUGCACAGAAAGCAUGUCAUGGAACUUCGGCAACAGCCAAAAAACUUAAAGGCCAUGGAAAUGCAAAUCAAAAAACAGUUUCAGGACACUUGCAAAGUACAGACCAAACAGUAUAAAGCACUCAAGAAUCACCAGUUGGAAGUUACUCCAAAGAAUGAGCACAAAACAAUCUUAAAGACACUGAAAGAUGAGCAGACACGAAAACUUGCCAUUUUGGCAGAGCAGUAUGAACAGAGUAUAAAUGAAAUGAUGGCUUCUCAAGCGUUGCGGCUCGAUGAGGCGCAAGAAGCUGAGUGCCAGGCCUUGAGGCUACAGCUACAGCAGGAGAUGGAGCUGCUCAACGCCUACCAGAGCAAGAUCAAGAUGCAGACAGAGGCACAGCACGAGCGAGAGCUCCAGAAGCUGGAGCAGAGGGUGUCUCUGCGCAGGGCACAUCUUGAGCAGAAGAUUGAAGAAGAGCUGGCUGCCCUUCAGAAGGAACGCAGCGAGAGAAUAAAGUACCUAUUGGAAAGGCAAGAGCGAGAGAUUGAAACUUUUGACAUGGAGAGCCUCAGAAUGGGAUUUGGGAAUUUGGUUACAUUAGAUUUUCCUAAGGAGGACUAUAGAUGAGAUUAAAUUUUUUUGCCAUUUACAAAAAAAAAAGAAAAAAAAAGAAAAAAAAAAGAAAACAGAAAAAAAUUCAGACCCUGCAAAACCACAUUCCCCAUUUUAACGGGCGUUGCUCUCACUCUCUCUCUCUCUUACUCUUACUGACAUCGUGUCGGACUAGUGCCUGUUUAUUCUUACUCCAUCAGGGGCCCCUUCCUCCCCCCGUGUCAACUUUCAGUGCUGGCCAAAACCUGGCCAUCUCUUCUAUUCAUAGUACACGUCACAGUAUUGAUGUGAUUCAAAAUGUUUCAGUGAAAACUUUGGAGACAGUUCUAACAAAACAAUAAACCAACAACAACAAAAAAGUGGGUAUAUAUUGCUUUAAGCAAUCACUCAUUACCACCAAUCUGUGAAAGUAAAGCAAAAAAAUAAAAAUAAUAAUAAUAAUAAUAAUAAAUGCCAAGGGGGAGAGAGACACAAUAUCCGCAGCCUUACACCUUAACUAGCUGCUGCAUUAUUUUAUUUUAUUUUAUUUUUUUGGUAUUUAUUCAUCAGGAAUAAAAAAAAAAACAAAGUUUUAUUAAAGAUUGAAAAUUUGAUACAUUUUACAGAAACUAAUUGUGAUGUACAUAUCAGUGGUGACAUAUUAUUACUUUUUUGGGGACGGGGGGGUGGGCGGGGUGAAGAGAUCUUGUGAUUUUUAAGAACCUGCUGGCAAGAGUUUAACUUGUCUUCAGCAUAUUCUGAUUGUAUCAUAAUCAUUUUCUGCUGUUGCAGAGGAUGUGAAUACACUUAAGGAGCUCACAGAAUCCCAGUAGCACAAAUUGGGCUUUGGCAAAUCGUGUAUUUUGUGUAUAGAAGGAAUUUAAGGAGAGGUAUUACUUAUUUUCAUAUUGUAUUUUAACUGUUUCUCUGAUCAAAUUUUUUUACUUCCUCCUCCUAUUCCUCCCCACCUUCCUCCUUUUCCAAUUCAGUAUUUGGAGUUCAACACUGUCUCUCAAUCAGAUCAUCUUGAUCUUUUUCUUUAUUUCCCUUCCCCUCCCUGAGUCCCAUAACUUGGUCAUAAAUAUUGCAUUAUUCACACUUUCAAACUGUGUAUUUUCUUACAAUAAAAAAUGAUGAAAAAAAAAAGGCUUUACUUCUUUUGCAUGCACUUUAAAAAAAACAAAACAAAACAUUUUUCAGGUUCCAAGGAAGAGCAUGAUAACUGUCAGAGCUUUUAAUUAUAUUUGUAAAUAAAAGUGUUCAUCACA